UUUUAAAGCACUUUAUAAAUUUACGCAAAUCCUCAAUUCAGUUCAAAAGUUGAUUUCAAACGCAGUGGUCAGUGAAAGUCAAGUGCAUUUUGUAGAGAACUCAAAAUUUUUUAGAAUUCAGGAAAAAUGGGAAGGAAGAGACCACCACAUAUGGCAACCGAAUUUCGCUUCAAUCCAACAUUAACAGAAGGCGAUCCUUGUUCCAGACCAGUUUUGAUUAUCGGUCAAUUGCGUCAUUUAAAUCUAUUAAAAUUCAGUGAUUUAGCUGUUAAAUUGAAUCCACGUGUCUCAGAGGAUGUUUUCAAGGAUGCCAUAUCUGCCUUACAUCCAUCACCUACUGAUAAGUGUUCAAUGUAUUUGGAUGUAGCAACUGUAGCUGCAUUACCUAUCAAAUGUUCACGUCACAAUACACCAUCACGUGCUCAUGCCAUCACAGCUUUGGUGAAAGCUAAUGUUUUAAAUGUUAAUGAUGAAAGCAUUGUUAUAGUUUGUGAACGCAAUGAUAUAUUCCCAGCUGCUUGUGCUGUGGUACGUGCUUUUCCAUUGUUUACGCGUAAGACUGGUAGCUUAGGUGCAAAACAUCACAUAGGUGAUUCCAAUGACGAUCAGGCUGAUAAGUCCAUUGUAAAUAUUGAAUUUCUUGUCAUUGAGAAAGAUGGUCAACUAUCACAAAAGCCACUAAGUAAAGAGGACAUUGCAUGCAUAGAAAGUGCAGCUUAUGGUAUACGAUUAACAGCACGUAUUGUUGAUACACCUUGCAAUGAAAUGAAUGUUAGUCAUUUUGUAAAGGAAGUUGAAAACGUCGCUUCAAAGUUAUCAAUUAAACCGAAAAUUAUACGCGGUGAAGAAUUACGUGAACAAGGAUUUGGUGGCAUUUACGGUGUUGGUAAGGCAGCCGCUGUACCACCCGCAUUAGUUAUAUUAUCUCAUGAACCGCAAGGCGCACAUGAAACUAUCGCCUUGGUGGGUAAGGGUAUCGUUUAUGAUACCGGCGGUCUUAGCAUUAAGGCUAGAACACAAAUGCCUGGCAUGAAACGGGAUUGCGGUGGUGCAGCUGCUAUUCUAGGCGCUUUUUAUGCUGCUGUUAAAAACGAUUUCAAAGAGAAUUUGCAUGCAGUAUUCUGUUUGGCAGAAAACUCUGUUGGUCCAAACGCAACACGUCCUGAUGAUAUACAUACAUUGUAUUCCGGUCGCACUGUUGAAAUAAACAACACUGAUGCUGAAGGGCGUUUAGUAUUAGCUGAUGGCGUUUGCUAUGCUAACAAGGAUUUGAAAGCCAACAUCAUUUUGGAUAUGGCAACUUUAACUGGAGCACAGGGUACAGCAACAGGAAAGUACCAUGGUGCCAUAUUGACAAAUUCCGAAGAAUGGGAGAGUAAGUCGUUGGAUGCUGGUCGUAAGUCUGGUGAUUUAUUGGCACCAAUAAUUUAUUGUCCAGAAUUGCAUUUUUCGGAAUUUACAUCGGCAAUUGCUGAUAUGAAAAAUUCCGUUGCGGACCGUAAUAAUGCCCAGUCAUCUUGUGCUGGUAUUUUUAUAGCAGCUCAUUUAGGAUUUGAUUAUCCUGGCGCUUGGAUACAUGUUGACAUGGCAACUCCAGUGCAUUGCGGUGAACGUGCUACUGGUUAUGGUGUUGCACUCAUUUUGACCUUAUUUGGCAAAUAUACAAACAAUGCUAUGUUGCAAUCUAUUGCACCAUCCGACGAGGAGCAGCCAGCCAAGCGCAUCUGCCGUGAUCGAAACUGAAAUACAUCACAUUUUUUUUUAUUUAACAUUUUUUCCUUACUUUCGAAAAUAUUAACGGUUAUAAAUAUAAAGAAUAUGCU